AUUGAAACUGAUCAUGCCCUCUCAACGCCUACGAGUAGCUGUCCUUGAGUGCGACACCCCGAUUGAGCCCAUUAAGGCUAAAUAUGGCACAUACGGGGACGUUUUGGACAACCACCUCAAGCAGGGACUGGAGCGCAUCGGUGAUGUCGAACUGCAAUUGACCAAAAUCGAUGUGGUGCAACCAUUUGCAGAGUACCCCAAGCCAGAGGACUUUGACGUGGUUCUUCUGUCAGGAAGCAAACAUGACUCCUACAAAGAUGAGCCAUGGAUCCUCACCCUCACUAGAUUCGUGCAAGACUGCUAUCUGAUCCACCAAAAACCCGUCAUUGGCAUCUGCUUCGGACACCAGAUCAUUGCGCGUGCCCUCGGAGCACGCGUGGGUCCGAACGUAUCGGGAUGGGAGGUCGCCGUGGAGCCCAUGUCCCUGACUAGUGCGGGCAAGCAGCUUCUGGGGAAGGACAUCUUGUCCCUGCAUAUGAUGCACCGCGACAUUGUGUACGAGGUUCCGCCAGGAUGCGUCAACCUCGGUAGUAGCCUGAUCUGCGGCAUUCAAGGGCUCUAUAUUCCCAAGCGUAUUCUCUGUGUCCAAGGCCAUCCUGAGUACAACGAUUUCAUGGUUUCCGAGCUUCUGAAGCUGCGACGGGGGAUUAUUGGGGAGAAGGUGUAUGCGGAUGCGAUGGCGCGAGUGGAAAAUCCACACGAUGAACCAACAACGGACAUCAUCCACUCCACAUCAUCGCCAUCGCCAUCGACACCCACCAUCAUGUCCAACCAAAUCCGUACCCUUUCCCCCUCCACCAACAAGGUCAUCUUCGAACACCCUGGCAUCUCCCUCGACGAGGCUCGCCAGAUCGCCCAGGCGUCGCAAGAUGCAUUCCGCACAUACAAGCAGACAACGCUGGCUCAGCGCAAGGCGAUCGUUCUCAAAGCGCUGGACCUGAUCGCUGCCAACAAAGAGACACUGGCCGAGGAGCUCACCACUCAAAUGGGCCGUCCGAUUGCCUAUAGCGCCAAAGAAAUUGAGACCUUUCGCAAGCGUGGCGACUACCUCCUCGACAUUGCGGAGGAAAGCCUCAAGUCUCUCCCUGGUGCUCCGGAGAACGGCUUCAGGAGAUUCCUGAAGAAGGAGCCGGUUGGCCCGACUUUGAUCAUCACCGCAUGGAAUUUCCCCUACCUAGUCACAAUCAACGCCCUCGUCCCCGCUCUCCUUGCCGGAAACACAGUCCUCCUCCGCCCAUCUCCCCAAACGCCCAUCUUUGGCGAACGUCUCCUCACAUACUUCACCGAAGCCGGUCUCCCUCCAAACGUGCUCCAGCUGAUCCACUGCGGCUCCCCGGACGUGCUCGACCAAAUCGUUCAGCUCCCUCAGAUCCAGCUCAUCUCCUUUACUGGCUCCACCGCAGGCGGCUUCCGUAUUCGCGAAGCGACCGCGCGCAGAGUUGUCCCGGUCAACCUUGAACUCGGUGGAAACGACCCGGCCUAUGUCCGACCGGACGCGGACAUCCCAUAUGUCGCCGCGCAGCUUGUCGACGGCGCCGUCUUCAACUCGGGCCAGAGCUGCUGUGCCGUUGAGCGAGUGUACGUGCACGCGGACGUACACGAUGCGUUCGUGGAGGAGGUAAAGAAGGAGUUGGCUACAUACAAGCUCGGCUCCCCACACGACAAGUCCACGACCACUGGCCCGGUCAUCUCCCAAGCUGCGCUCAAGAAUAUCCAAUCGCACAUCUCCGACGCUCUUUCCAAGGGCGCUAUCAAUGCAACUCCUCAGAAUGCCACGUUUGAGAACACCCCUGCAGAAGGAAACUACCAGCCUCCUACUGUCCUGACCAACGUCACUCAUGACAUGGUGGUCAUGAAGGAAGAGACCUUUGGUCCUGUCAUGCCGAUCAUGAAGGUCUCCUCGGACGAGGAGGCGAUUUCUCUGAUGAACGACAGCGACUAUGGUCUCACGGCUAGUAUUUGGACGAAGGAUAUCAACAAGGGCGAGGAGUUGAUUGAGAGCUUGGAGGCGGGAACAGUGUAUAUCAACCGCUGCGAUUACCCAAGUCCGGAUCUCGCAUGGAUUGGAUGGAAGAACUCUGGGUUGGGAUGUACCCUUGGACCGCAGGGUUAUGAUGCGUUCUACAAGCUGAAGAGCUUCCACAUCAAGGAGGCGCAGGCGUAGGCUUGAGUAUAUAAUCAUGACUAAUGUACUUGCUUUAAAGUUAUUGUUUCUGAUGCUGCUGGAGUCUGCACAUUCCUUAGCGAAGAGGAAAUAAGCGGAUCCUAUCUCUGGAAUAGAGUUCCAUGAAAGAUCCCUACAUCUCGUAGGAAGAUACCUACGGAAUCAUACGAUUAAGCCUGCUCCAUCCCUUAUAAAAG